CCUGAUCAGAGAGAGAAGAAGUCAUGGCACGAACCAAGCAGACCGCCCGUAAAUCCACCGGAGGCAAAGCCCCCAGGAAGCAGCUGGCCACCAAGGCUGCCCGUAAGAGCGCCCCGGCCACCGGCGGCGUGAAGAAGCCUCACCGUUACAGGCCCGGUACCGUGGCUCUGAGAGAGAUCCGUCGCUACCAGAAAUCCACCGAGCUGCUGAUCCGCAAGCUGCCCUUCCAGCGCCUGGUCCGAGAAAUCGCUCAGGACUUCAAGACCGACCUGCGCUUCCAGAGCUCCGCUGUCAUGGCUCUGCAGGAGUCCAGCGAGGCUUACCUGGUCGGCCUCUUCGAGGACACCAACCUGUGCGCCAUCCACGCCAAGAGGGUCACCAUCAUGCCCAAAGACAUCCAGCUGGCCCGCAGGAUCCGUGGAGAGAGAGCUUAGACUGUCUGCUGCCCUUUAACAACCACAAAGGCUCUUUUAAGAGCCACCUCACUCUCUACUCUAGAGCUCUACCUCUGUUGUUAUCACACAUGUACAAUCAUAUUUUCAUUUUCUAAAAAUCCAAACCUUCUGAAAAACCCAUAGACACAUUUCCUAUCACAUUUAUUAUCACCACAUGAAUUGCACAUUCAAUCACAUUUUAACCU